AUGACCCUAAGGAAUGGCCGAGUAUUGAGAACACCUGAACAAAAUUCCCCUACAGAGGAUUUUGGGAAAGAGAUGAGUUCAGACCCAAAUCCUGAAGCUCCACAAGCUUUCAAGGAUGAUGAGAUUGAACAAGUUGGGAGAGACAGUAACCCUAAUGUUUAUAUGCCUAAAACCCCUUUCCCCUAUUGUUUAGAAUCUCAUUCUUUUUCUGCAUUUGGCAAUAAGGGGUCAAGAAUGGAAGAAGAGAUGAUGGAAUUGUUCAAACAAGUCCAGAUCAACCUUCUUCUUCUAAAUGCCAUAAAGCAAGUUCCAGCUUAUGUUAAGUUCUUGAAAGACUUAUGUACUCAAAAUCGUAAGCUAAAGACCCACAUUUCAAAAACUGUCCAUCUUACUAAGCAAGUGAGUGCAGUCCUGUCCAAUAAACUUCCCCCUAAGCUUGAUGACCCAGUAGCACCUCUCAUAUAUUGCAUCAUUGGAAACCUUCCCAUUGAGCGUGCACUCCUUGAUCUAGGGCCGAGUGUGAAUAUUUUGCCUAGCUUGGUUUGUGAUCAAUUUGGGUUUGGAGAAUUGAAGCCUACAAAGAUUAUUCUCCAACUUGCUGACCGUUCAAUUAAAGUCCCUAGAGGAUUUAUUGAUGAUGUAUUAGUUAAGGUGGAUGAACUUUAUUUUCCUGUGGAUUUCUUUGUUCUUGACAUGGAAGCACCCAGUAAUGGAAAACCACAGUCAAUAAUCUUAGGACGUCCAUUCUUGGCCACUGCCAAUGCAUGCAUCAAUUGUAGAUCAGGUGCAAUGGACAUUUCCUUUGGUAAUAAGAAGCUCCGAUUGAACAUCUUCAAUACUUCUUUAGGGCCCUAA